AUGACGAACGAGCCGCAGAGUCUACGAGGUCUAUUCUCAAAGGCGGAGAGGGCGCGCGAAGAGCUCUCUUCGUCGUACGAAGCAAACAGUCCGACCUACCAGGAAAACCUUAGCGCGACGAUCGCCACGUACGAAGAAUGCCUGAAAAUAUCCGAGCAGGUGUCACUUUUCAGUCCGAAUGAGACACUGGAAGACAUAUCGUCGUCUGAUCUACAAUACAUGGCGAUAAACUACCACUUGGCAGAACUCGUACAGAAGAUCUUCAACACCGACGUAGCCUUACGGAAGCAGAACCUACUGCGGGCACGGGGACACUAUGAGCGAUUUCUCAAGCUCUUAGAUUCCUAUGAUGUGCUUGGCAAGGCAGAUGCGAAACUCUUCGAAGUCUACGCGGAAGAUAAGAACAACUUCUCUACCGCCAACACGCGGGAUGCCGCGGCGAGACGGGACGCAAAGAUUUCGCGAUUCAGGGAGGAGAAGGAAUUGAAGCGGAAACUAGAGUAUCUGCGACAGAAUCCCAAACUUGCCGAGCAGGAUGAGCAAGUGGUACGAGAGUUGCAUUUGACCAACUUGGCGUUCAUGGUGCAUCAAACUUUCGCUUCGUUGGAGUCAAUGGCUCAAGAACUGCACAUCAUCUCGCUAGCCCCACCCGCGCCCCCACAAGGACAGGAACAGCAAGCGCCAGACGGCCGACAGGACGGCAGAGAUAAAGACGGAUACUCCGAACGCCUCGAUGGUCAGUAUGGCGGCCUGAGAUAUUCCGGCCCCAUCUUGAGCGGCGACGGCAAACCCAUGCGGCCUUUUACGCUAUUGGAUAGCCGUCAGACCCUAAAGAAGAACGUUUUCCGUCCGGAUCACAGCCUGCCAACUAUGACGAUUGACGAAUAUCUAGAGGAAGAGAAGCGCCGGGGUGGCAUGAUUGAGGGUGGAGGCCCGCAGUCUGAGAUCCAGGCUGAACCGAACGAGGACGAUCUUGUCGCCGCGGACGAAGAGACGAUGAAGCAGCGAGCGUGGGAUGAGUAUGUAGAGGCGAACCCCAAAGGCUCGGGUAACACUUUGAACAGAGGUUGA